UACAUCAAACGCAUAUAAUAUCGCUCACGCCGCAAACCAUUUGUGUCUUAUUGAAAAGCGCACAUGUUCAAGCGGGGUUGAACUUGAACUCCUACAACUUUUAUACAUUCGGUACAGCGGUUUUAAUAAAAGUUAAUUAAUAUCACUUUUUUUUUCAACGCGGCUGAUUUACUCGUCGUACUACAAAUUGCUUUGUAUAUUUACCGAAAAAGUGUACGAUACUUUUCACUCGAUCGUUAACUCGAUCACGCAGUGCGAAUAGAUUUAUGUAUAACUUCAGAAGUAGAUAAUCGAUGUCUACCUCUCGGACGUAUUUUUAUUACCGUUACCUAAUGAUUUAAUAUCGCGACUGUGAAGUGUUUUCAGUGAUUUAACCAUUGCAUCUACAAUUUAUUAUUCAUUCAUACAAGAUUGGUGAACGAACGUUACCGGCUAAAAACUGUUUGCGGAAUGAAGAGUAUCAAAUUGUUGGCAGUAAUAACGAUACUAUGUAUUCAAAAUACUCGUCAACAGACUUUUCCUCCUCUACUUCAAGGAGCUCUGAAAGGUUUGAGCGAAGGAAUACAACACAUGAACAACGAGCCUAUCGAUCAACCGACGAUAUUAAAAGAAUACGAUUUUAUCAUCGUUGGAGCCGGUAGCGCAGGCAACGUUAUAGCUAAUCGAUUAACCGAGGUCCCAGAAUGGAAAGUUCUACUGAUAGAAGCUGGAAUGGAAGAAAAUUUUGUAAUGGAUAUUCCUGUGAUCGCGAAUAUGCUACAAUUUACAGACGCGAAUUGGAAAUACAAAACGGUGCCAUCCAACAAGUACUGUUUAGGAAUGGACAAUCAUCAAUGUAAAUUCCCCAGAGGUAAAGUAAUGGGUGGAUGUAGCGUUCUAAAUUACAUGAUUUAUACCAGAGGUCAUCGGAAAGACUUCGACAACUGGGCUAAUUUAGGCAACACAGGAUGGGAUUAUCAAAAUGUACUAAAGUAUUUCAAAAAACUAGAAGAUGUCCAGAUACCAAAAUAUGCAUCUGAUAGAGUUUAUCGAAAUACGGGCGGAUAUCAAACCAUCUCUGAAGCUCCAUAUCAUUCAAAAGCUGCUCAGGCUUUCGUAAAUGGGGGAGCCGAACUGGGUUAUCCGACGCCUGAUAUCAAUGGGCGUUAUCAAGUCGGGUUUUCUUAUCAUCAGCUAACAGUACGAAAUGGCACCAGAUGCAGCACCUCAAGAGCCUACUUACACCCAAUCCGUAAACGACGCAACCUCCACGUGAAAAAAUACAGCAUGGUUACUAAAAUUCUAAUCGACCCGAAUACAAAAACCGCGUACGGAGUAGAAUUUCAGCGAAACAGACGUAAAUAUCGAGUUUUAGCCAGAAAAGAAGUAAUCGUAUCGGCAGGUGCGAUCAACUCUCCUCAUCUUCUUAUGCUGUCUGGUAUAGGACCUCGAGACCAUCUCGAACAAAAAGGUAUAAACGUCAUCCAAGAUCUGCCAGUUGGUGAGAACCUUAUGGAUCACGUAUCAUUGGGUGGACUAACUUUUACAAUGAAUGAAACAGUAACCUUGAACACGGAUCGCGUAUUAGAAGAUCCUUAUUCUUUGAACGAUUUCUUGUAUUAUCACGAAGGGCCUAUAUCCAUUCCAGGAGGUACCGAGGCUUUAUCGUUUUUUGAUCUCUCAGACCCGAAAAAUCCAGACGGUCAUCCCGAUUUAGAAUUAUUAUUCGUUAACGGUAUGCUUAGUGGAGAAGUAUCUUUACGAAAAAGUUUUGGUAUCACAGAUCACAUCUACGACACUGUGUACAAACGUAACGAAGGUCUCGAUGGUAUUAUGAUCUUACCGAUGGUGAUGCGUCCUAGAAGUAAAGGUCGUGUUUUACUGAGAGACACCAACCCGUUCCAUCAUCCCUUAAUUUAUCCGAAUUACUUCGCCGACGAAAGAGAUCUUGACGUUCUAGUAGAGGGUGUACGAAUCAGUCAAAAGUUGGCCAAAACUAAACCGAUGAGACGCUUAAAAGCAACUCUGUGGAAGGUACCAUUACCUGGCUGUGCAAAUUACACCUUUAAUUCGGACGAUUACUGGAAAUGCCACGCGAGAAAUUUACCGUUCACAAUAUACCACUUAUCGGGCACUUGUAAAAUGGCGCCGGUGACCGAUCCUACCGGUGUCGUUGACCCCAGACUAAGAGUCAAAGGUAUAAAAAAUCUGAGGGUUGCUGAUGCGUCUAUCAUGCCGGAAGUUACAUCGGCUCAUACGAACUCUCCGACUAUUAUGAUCGGUGAAAAAGCUUCAGAUAUGAUAAAACAAGACUGGAACGUGAAGAUUUAAGACUGAUUUGAUUAUAUGUACAUAGUACCUAUUUGAAAAUUUUCAAAUGCUCACUUAAAUAAGACUGAUCGAUAAUUUUUAACGCGAGCGUACAGAAGGUAAAGCUGCAGAGUCAUUUUUUCAAAAAGAUAGCGCGAAGUUGUACAUAGGUAGUAGAUGUGUAGUGAAACAAAAAAGGCCUUUGUAAUAUCAUUUGUGACCUCAUCCCUUUCUACUUAUUUUCUUCCGCAGUGGCGAGGAAAUACAUCGCGAUCUUCUUGUUGAGGAAUAAGUGCAGGGAUAGCUUGUACUUAAUAAUAAUUAACGUCUUGGUCUCAAAAUUUACUAAGAGCAGUUAUUUACUACAAUUUGAUUUGUUUUUCUUUUUUGAAAAUAGUCCUUAUACUUAGUGUGUAAAAUUGAUAAAAUUAAUCCUCUGUAUUUAAAUUUUGUUUUUUACUUUUUUCGACGAAAAUAUUUAGUUUAAUGGUGCAAAUGUUUACUUUUUUCAACUUUAUUUCAUAAGAAUGAUUAGUGAUAUUAUUUAUCUAUCCGGUGAAUUUGCAUUUAUCUUAGUUUAUAAUCAAAUCUUUAAAUUAUUUUUACGGUGAAAUUUGGCCAUUUUAGAAGCAAGCCAAAACAAAUAGUGGUAUCUCAUAGCCACCGGUAUAGCAGAUGCUUUUUGAAUAUUGGCAUUAUUUGUAAUUUAUUUUGCGUUUUAUUAAUUUAAUUGUUUUUUCUUUUGUUAUAAGACAUUUUUUCAAGUAAAUCAUUUUUUCGUAUA